GCCCGACCGAUUUCCCCCAAUCAGGAAAUCGGCUAAGAAAUCGGCCUACCCUUGUACACCAGGCACAUCUCUGACAUCUUUCUGACCUCUAUUCCUUUGGACCCGCCUGGUAGGAUUCAUUUGUACUUCAACGCCUUCUUUGGCUUGUCGUGUGGGGUUGGGCUCUUCGGUUGUCUCGGCCAGAAAAAAAAGGGGAAAAGACGAGAGCAAUUUAUCCUGUUUCGCGGAAGCUCCGACAAUACAAACAAUCGCGCAUGGACUUGAUUGGCGCGAACUGCCGCAAUCGACGACGCCCACACCAGCCAACCUCUCCUCCAGAGCUACGACAAUCUGCAGAAACUCCACUCGAGCAUUGCUCUGGUCGCGAUGACGGCGCAGAUUACCGAAGAGAACAUACAGGAGCUCAAGUUCCGGCUUGAGGAUGCCGCCAUAAAAUGCUCCGAGCGCUGUUUAUACCAAUCUGCCAAAUGGGCGGCAGAGAUGCUAGAUGCCAUUGUGCCACUGGACCAAUAUGACACCGACCCCGAAUCCCCAAUGGACGUGCCUGAAACGACCUCGACUCGUCCAAACCCCUACCUCCAAACCCAAGAUCCCGUCGAAGCGUCCCUUGAAGCCCAAGAGUCCUAUAAAUACCUCCUAGCAAAGUCAUAUUUCGAUACGCGCGAGUACGAUCGCUGCGCAGCCGUCUUCCUGCCUCCGACCAUAUCUCCCGUUGCGCUUUCCACGUCGUCGCCGAAUCAAAAGAAGAGACAAUCGUUAACCCCGCAGAAGGGUAAAUCGAAGGCGUCCCAGAACGUCGGAGGGAAGGAUAGCAGUGUGUGCCGGAACCCCUAUCCCAAGUUGAGCCAGAAGUCAUUAUUUCUUGCACUGUACGCCAAGUACCUAGCGGGAGAAAAGCGGAAGGAUGAGGAGACCGAGAUGGUCCUGGGACCAGCCGACGGGGGCGCAGCGGUCAAUCGAGAACUGCCGGACCUUGCGCGGGGCCUAGAGGGCUGGCUGACCGAGCGUCGAGAGAAAGGAUUCGAAGAGCGCAAUCAGGGUUGGUUAGAAUAUCUCUACGGAGUUAUUCUACUCAAAGGCCGAAACGAGGAGGAGGCGAAGAAGUGGCUCAUAAGGAGCGUUCACUUGAACCCAUUUCAUUGGGGCUCCUGGCAGGAAUUGAACGAUCUUCUUUCGAGUACAGAGGAUCUGAAACAAGUCGUCGAUCUUCUCCCUCAAAAUAUUAUGACACUCCUAUUCCAUGUAUACUGUAGCCAGGAACUAUAUCAAGCUACUGAAGACACCUACCAGGCUCUGUCGGAGCUGGAAACAAUAUUCCCCAACAGCGCGUUUCUCAUGACCCAAAGAGCCCUCCUCUAUUAUCACUCCAAAGAUUUUGAAGAGGCAUCACGUAUAUUCACCGAGAUACUGAUUACGUCCCCUCAUCGUCUUGACAGCCUCGAUCAUUACUCUAAUAUACUAUACGUGAUGGGCGCGCGUCCCCAGCUAGCCUUCGUCGCACAAGUUGCAACAGCAACCGACAAGUUCCGACCUGAAACCUGUUGUGUCGUCGGGAACUACUACUCACUUAAAUCUGAACAUGAGAAGGCAGUGAUGUACUUUCGUCGAGCCCUAACACUAGAUCGCAACUUCCUCUCCGCCUGGACUCUGAUGGGCCACGAAUAUAUCGAGAUGAAGAACACGCAUGCGGCGAUUGAAUCAUAUCGCCGCGCUGUUGACGUCAACCGCAAAGACUACCGUGCCUGGUACGGUCUAGGCCAGGCAUACGAAGUCCUCGACAUGUCUUUCUACGCUUUAUUCUAUUACCAACGUGCCGCCGCGUUACGACCUUACGACCCGAAAAUGUGGCAAGCCGUCGGAUCCUGCUAUGCUAAAAUGGGCCGUGUGCCGCAAAGUAUCAAAGCUCUCAAACGCGCUCUCGUGGCUGGCUCCUACUACGCCGAAGAUCCAUCCCUUAUGGGAGGCUCCGGCCGGAAGAUCCUCGACCCAGAAACCCUCCACCAAAUCGCAACCCUCUACGAACGCCUCGGCGAUGACGAAGAAGCAGCCAGCUACAUGGAACUCACCCUGCAGCAAGAAUCAGGCCAGAUGCCUGUAGAAGAUACCUCCGACAACGAAAACGACGACGACCAAUCCGAAGCCGGGACAAAACAACCCUCCCGCCGAGCCCGCCAAUCCUCCUCGUUCAACCAGAAUGACAACGAGGACGACUCCUGGCAUGGAACAGGACCUACAGUCACCACCUCCAAAGCGCGAUUGUGGCUCGCGCGAUGGGCUUUACGAAACGGUGAUCUCGAACGCGCGGAUCAGCUGGCGGGUGAAUUAUGUCAGGAUGGAGUAGAGGUUGAGGAGGCGAAGGCAUUGAUGAGAGAUGUAAGAGCUAGAAGGGAAGGCGAUGAAUAAAUAACUUUAUCCAGAUAGUCCAUUUUGCAUUAUUAAGGUUCACCAGGGGCGGAUUGAUUUCAUUCUUACAAUAUGGUAGCGAGGCGUUUGUGCUGGGCGUGCUUACAACUUGACGUUUGCAUUCUGCGGCUAGGUGUCGGCAUUAUAUAGGGAUUUACUAUGGUUAUUUAUUGCAAAUAUCAGUACAGCGUAUAAGCAACAGAUAGAAGCCGUUAGCUCUUCUGACAAA